AUGUCUAAAACGUAUAUGUGCGAGCCUGAUAUCAUAGCGGCAAAUGAGAAUGUAAUGCCGGACUUGAACAAUGAUUUGGUUAUGGCCAAAAACUUUUUAAAACAACAGUGUGCUGCGACUGGCGACACAUUGUACGAUCAUCUGGUGGAUAUUGUACAUAAAAUUAUAUCUCAGAGGCCUCCAGAUGUGGUGGAUAGCUUUGAACAAUACUCUUGGCAAGUGAAGCAAGAGAAAUUUCGACCGAACUUCGAUCUGCUCAACGAUAUAUACUUGUCGCCUCCACAGCUUGCUAUAGUCCGACGAGUUGAUGAGAUGUUUAGGUUAGUGGCUAGCAAGUCCCAGAGACUGGAAGACGUUGGUGAGGAGGAACAGGAGCUUGAUCUUGAAGAAGAUUCUUUUAAACCAAGGAUCGCGGAUCUCAUAGACCACAACUACUACUUUAGAGAGGGAGGAUAUGGAUUGCCUGACAGCGAAUGUUACGCUGUUUACAUCGCCCUUAACAUGUUGGCAAUCAAAGAACCAGUGGCUACUGUUAGAUUUUUUGGCAAGAUUUUUGGUACUAAAGCAAAUUAUUACGUCGCUGAAGUUGACCUUACUAUUGAAGAGUUGGAUAGGAGGAUUAGGGAGUUUGAAAUGAAAGACAUGCCCGGAGAAGGUGAGGGUCUGGAGGAAGAUAAAGCACAGGAACUAGAGGAACAGAAAGAAAUGGUUGGUGAGGGAGAAGGAAAGGAAGAAAAACCAAAAGAACCAGUUCCUCCUAAACUUCCUGAAAUUCCAGUUUCCACGUUUCAGCCACCGCCUCCAAUACCAGUAGAGAGACCUGGCCAAGGAGUUAAUAAAAAGGUGUUUUACGUGUGUAAUCAACCCGGAGAACCCUGGAUCUGUCUCCCGGACGUGACUCCAGAUCAGAUACGUGUAGCGAGGCUCACUGUGAGGUGUAUGACUGGAGAUUUAGAUGCUGAAGUGUUGACCUUCCCACCGUUUGAAGGCACGGAGCGGAACUACCUGCGGGCACAACUAGCGCGGAUUCAAGCUGCGACCUCUAUAUCACCACAAGGAUUCUACACGUACGGGUCAGGGGAAGAAGAGGAUAUCGACCUGGAGGAAGGAGCUGGUGACAUGGCUUUCAAUCCAAAUCCAUUCUACCAAGGACACACACUGAAAGAUCUCGUCGACCCCAAUCUAACGUACUGGGUCCACCACGGGAGGUACAUCCUUAAUCAAGGACGGACUAUCUGGUGGAAUCCUAACGCUGGGAUGGAAGAAGGUCUGGAGGAAGAGGAUGACGAGGGUCCUCCGCCCCUAACACCGGAGUCAGGACCCUCACUGUUCAGUCCUCUGGCGGACGACGCGCGCCUGGAGGGAGGAGUAGCGUGGACUCCACGGAGCAGCACCUCGCUGUUACCAGACAGGUCCAUCGCUGUACUCAGGAGCAACGUAUGGCCAGGAGCUGUGGCUUACUCGAAUGUUGGAAAGAAGUCGGAGUGUCUGUAUGUGGGUUGGGGUCUAAAGGCACAACCUCCUAAUUUCUCUCCGCUCCAACUCCCGCGCCCACAGGACGAGUACGUUAUAGGACCAGAAGUCAUGGAGAUGGCUGAUCCUACAUUUGCAGAUGAAGAGGCAUAUCGUAUCGCCCACUUGCCUCCUCCUCCUCCGCCGGAACUACCGGGAGAGGGAGAGGGAUUCCCCGAGGAAGAGGAGGAAGAAGACUAG